GUCGCCAUAUUAGUUUCUUUUAAAGAAUUACCAUAAAACAAGCAAUGUUCCAAGAAAAAGAAUAUUUAAUAUAAAAAUUAAUGAUUGUAUGAAAUAUUUUAAAGUAUAUUGACUCAUUCUUAAAUUUAAAUUAUUUAAAUACAUAAAAUAAAAGAUAUUUUGAUCAAUUUUAAUGAACGAUUUAAUACCAGUCUGUUAGUUCAUAGUCUUCAUAAGCCAGUGGUAUAUAAUGUGCGGAUGUGUAAUUAUGAGAAGUAUGUGGGAUGUUAUUCACUAAUACAAUAGAAUGACAUUCAAUUACGACAUUAAUUGAGAGAAUUCUAGACUUGUAGUUUCAAAAUCAACAACGGACAGUACCUAUUAAAAUAAACCUAACCUUGAACAACAUUAAAAAAUGGGAAGUAUAUGUAAUGAUUGUAUGGCUAGAGUGCCAUAUGCAACUCUUAUUGCAACAAUAAUGUGUUGUUUAGGAGUAGGUAUAUUUUGUGGCACAAUGUAUAGAGGUGUCACAUUAGGUUCUUUAAUGAUGGAUCAGGUAUUCCAUUUACGACUUGGAUGGUUAGAAGCUGUUCAAUUGAUUUUUGCAACAAUUGGUGCUAGUAUGGCAGCUUUAGGCUUUAUGAUAUUAUGCGUUGGUUGUCUUGCAACUGGAGCUACAAGACAUAAAGUAUAUAGAGCUUGGAGAUCUAGAGUUGGUGGACGUAUUUCUUGUGCUGUUUUCAUGACAAUUACUUAUAUAUUACAAUUAGGUUGGCUUUUAAUAUUUGCAUUCUUGGUUAUAAUUGCUUGGAUUUUUACUAUAUUCUGGGGUUUAUGCAGCAAUCCUCGUGUUCAAUCUCUUGAUCAAUGUAUUGAUUUUACUCAAUUUAGUUUUAUAUUCCCAAAUAAUACAAGAAUAGAGGAUAUGAAAAUAUGUGGACCACAAGAAGUAAAACUAUUUUGUAAAGAUUUUGUUGAAAAAGCAGUAGUUAUGUUUAUUUUGGCAACAAUAGCUGCUAUGUUGGUUGUAUUAAGUCUCAUACACUAUUUGAUGUGUUUAUCUGCUAAUUAUGCACACAUUAGGGAUCAUGAAAAGUUUCAAGAAUUGCAAGAACUUCAGUACCUGCAAGACCCAGGAGAUCCAGAUUCUCCUCAACCUGGUAUGGGAACUUUGAGUUCGCAUCGUGCUAAGGAUAGAUUCUAGGAUACGGCCCGCGAGAUCUUCGCGAUGAAUCCUUUAUAAAACAUUGAAAAUAUCUAUAAAUUGAUAAAUAUUUAAUGUUAUUCUUCUCUACGUACCUAUAUUCAGUAUUCUACUAAUUAAUUAAUAUAAUAGUAGUUUACUGAUUGAAGAUCUUGCGGGAACACUUUAUGCCGUCCAUUUUCUGCGACUGUCUUUAGCAUUUAUUUUUCUUAAAGUUAUGAAUUUAUUAAAUAGUUAAAACAAAAUAUUUCAUUUUUUGUAACAUUAAUUCUUUUGAUUAUUUGUUGAACCUCUGUGUAUUAGUAUAUAAUAUAUAAAAAUAUUUCAUUCCUCAUACAUAUUUGUUAAAUAUAUUUUAUUAUAUUUCAAAUAAAAUUGUAUAAUAUUAUAAACGUGCAAAAUAUAAACGCACAAAGAAUAUACUUUAAACUAUUUGCUAUAUAAAGAUAUAUAUUGUAUAUCUUGAUUCAUAUCAACAAAUUUUUGUUUGCAGUAAUAUAUUACUUUAUAUUAUAAAUUUUUUUAAUAUUAUAUUCAUAAGACUGUUUAUUAACGCAAAUUAUUAUAUUGUGUUUAAUAUUAUUCUUAUAAGCAUAUUUUUAAGUAAAAUAUUCAGCUUUUUUGUACCUUUUUAAAAUAAGAUAAGAAAAUUAUUAAUAUUGUAUAUUGUUGCUAAAAAAUUCCAAUUAUGCUGAAGGAAAAAAAUUAAGAAUUAUUUUUUAUGUUCUUAUUUGUAAUUGAAUUUGUAAUAAAUAAUUAUGGUUUCUUUCAGCAUAAAUAAUUAUCUUAUAUCACAAAUCUAUUUUUUCUAUAUAAUUGUCCGAAAAAAAUCAAAUUUAUUGUAAAAUGUUAAAAAGACAAUAGAAAAAUAGUUCAAAUUAUACUUUAUGCGUAAAUUUUAAAUGUGCCAAAUUUAAUGUGACUUAAACAAUAAAAAAAUUGUUACAUGUAAUAUAUAUUAUUUGCCAAGAGAUAAAUUUUAAAUGAAUAUUCUCAAAAUAAAUUUAAUUUACAAUAAUUUUGUAUUUGCUCAAAUUGUUCGAAAAUUCUGUUCAAAAGUUCAAAGUUAUAUUGAGCGCGCAAUAAAUUAAAAAUAAAUCACAUUAUAUGUAAAAAAUACAUAUCAAAUUAAAAAAAUAUGUUUUAUUUUAUACGAAUUAAAAUAAUAUUAUUAUAAAAGUUGACGCACGAAUUACAUAUAAUAAAAAAUCAAUUUAUUAUAAUUUUUCAGAUACAUUUUUAUUUCUAAUUAUUUAUAUAUGUCUGUAAGAUUGAAUAAAAAACAUUUUCUAAUACAAUAUAUAUAUUUAAUUUUUAAAAAUAGUUUAAAAGUUACUUUGAGAAUGCUGUAAUUGUUUUAUUACAUAUUAAUAGACAAAUAUAAUUUUUUAGUAUGUACAAUUAAUUACAAUUUGUACAAUAAUAUAUAUUAAUUGGAUUACUCAUCAUCAAAUUGAAGAUCCAAUUCCAGAUCAAGAGCACUCAUUUCUUGAAAAGUAUUGAUGAAUGUAUAUCGCGAAAAUAUCAUGUAUAACUUUCGAAACCAAACAUAUUGAGAUUUGUGUGCAAUCAUACCUUCCUGUAAAAAUAAUUAAAUUAUGUUAAUAACUAUGAACAAAAUAAAUAUAUUUUUAUUAAUACAUA